ACGAAUGUGAAAAGAACAAUCAAAAGUCAAACAGAAAACUUGCAAAUCAAGCACAAGAAACCAGUAAGAAAAGAAACUUGUAGUUUGUAAACGGCAAAACUGAAAUAUUGUGACUUUCAUUUAUUGAAUUUGCGGGUGUUUUGUAUUCAUCAUAUUCGACUGAUAAUAUAUAAAAAUGCCUAAAGUAUCAGUUAAAGUCAAAUGGGGAAAGGAGCUGUUCAAGGAUGUUGAAGUAAAUACAGAUGAUGAUCCUGUGGUAUUCAAGGCACAAAUAUUUGCCCUGACAGGUGUUCAGCCUGAAAGACAAAAGGUAGUUUGCAAAGGUGUUACCUUGAGGGAUGAUUCAUGGGCCAAUUUCAAAUUAAGUAAUAAUGCAUUGGUGCUAGUAAUGGGUAGCAAAGAAGAAGAUUUGCCUACAGCUCCAGUGGAAAAAACUAAGUUUGUGGAGGAUAUGAAUGAGUCUGAACUGGCAACGGCUCUGGAUCUUCCUGAAGGGCUCAUAAAUUUAGGGAACACAUGUUAUAUGAAUGCAACAGUACAAUGUCUUAAAACUGUACCAGAGUUAAGAAAUGCAUUACUAGAUUAUGAUCCUACAUCUGGGGGUGGCACAGCCGGUGGUCUAACUGCAGCCCUAAGUGACACAAUGAAAAAUCUUGAAAGUGGGGGUCCCGGGGCCUGCGCAGCAUCUGUAUCAAGACUGCUCCUGGCUCUUCAUGCUGCUGCCCCUAGGCUCGCUGAACGGGGAGCUGGAGGAGUAUUAGCUCAGCAAGAUGCAUCUGAAUGUUGGACAGAGAUUGUUAGAGCACUGCGGGCAAGGCUACCUAUGCCAGGAUCUGACAGUAAAUCUGUGAUUGAAAAAUACUUUGGUGGUACUCUGGAUGUGGAGUGGGUGUGUAGUGAAGCUGAAGAGCCAUCAACCAAGUCGGAAGAGUCUUUUCUUCAGCUAUCGUGUUUUAUCUCACAAGAUGUCAAAUAUUUACAGUCUGGCCUUAGAUCUAAAAUGGUUGAACAGAUUACGAAAAUGUCAGAGUCAUUGGGAAGAGAUGCUGUUUAUACUAAAACAAGCAAAAUUAGCCGUUUGCCUGCAUACUUAACGGUUCAAUUUGUCCGAUUCUAUUUCAAAGAAAAGGAAGCUAUUAACGCUAAGAUAUUGAAAGAUGUGAAAUUUCCACUCGACCUUGAUGUGUACGAAUUGUGUUCACCCGAACUUCAGGAGAGGUUGACGCCUAUGAGGAAUAAAUUCAAGGAAUUGGAUGAUGCAUUAGUACAACAAUCGCUCCCCGCUCGUAAUAAGAACCAAGGGGACAACAAGGAUCUAAGAAAAAAGAAACUGGUGCCAUACUGGUUUGAAAAUGACAUAGGCAGCAACAACAGCGGCUUCUACCGCUUGCAGGCCGUGCUGACCCACCGCGGUCGCUCCUCUUCCUCGGGGCACUACGUGGCCUGGGUGGCCCGAGGGGACUCCUGGCUGCGCUGCGACGACGAUACCGUCACGCCCGUCUCGGAGGAGGAGGUGCUCAAGCUGAGUGGAGGAGGUGACUGGCACUGUGCAUACCUGCUUCUAUACGGACCUCGAGUGCUGGAAAUACCGGAAGAAGACGAAGAGCCCAUGGUCACAGAUGUCACAGAUGAUAUGGCCGGGAACCCUCCCACGGCACUCGCGUAAAUUUAACCAUACUUUAAGACCGUCUGACGUCACUGGCUCGUAGGCAGAAGGACAGUCGGAGAACAUUUCAUUUUUGAAAUAAACUGCAACUAACUGUGACCGAGUGUACUAAACUCGUAAAAUUGAUUAAGAUUUUAUUCUCUUGUUUAUAAACGUGAUAUAACCCUUACACAGUUAUUAAAGGGUUCACUUUUGACGGAAAAGUCAGGUCUUUUUCAUAACAAUACUGUCCUUCAGUCUAUGAAACUCAAAUACCUGAUAUUACUGUACACGUCAACUCGAUGUUCGAUGUUUUUGUAUUUGGCUGUAAAUGUUUUAGGUAAAUGCCAAAUUCAUAAUAUUUAAAUGUCUAUUAUAACGAUUGAUGUGAUUGCUACUGGACGAAGUCUUACGCUAUUUUAUUUAUUAAAAAUUCAAUACAAAAAAGAUUUAUAUGUUAAAAAAUCUUACACUGAACAAAUGCCUACGUGAAGAAAACAAAUGUUUUGUCACACAGUAAUAUAAUAUAUCUAAAUUGAGAGACUUCAUAUAUUUAUUGGCUCAUCUAAAGAUCCCAAACUUUAUUAUCAGAGUGAACUCGGCCGCUAGUUCAAACGAAUAUUCUCGAAUGUCUAGUGCUCAAUAAUUUUAACAAACGUAACAUGUCAACGAUGUGAAGUGAGUGGGUACUCAUAAGUUAUUAUAAUAAAGUAUUUUAAACCAUAGUUCUUGAUUACUUAUGAAGCAUUAACAGAAUCAAGAAAAUGGAACAGAGAAUGUGAAUAUUGUUGGCCAUUUCCUUUAAAAUGUUGGUGUAGAAUAAAAAUCUCGUGUAUUGCAUACAUAGCUCAUACGAACUUAAUCAAUUUUAUAAAAAAAUACAAUAAUUAGAGCGUGUUUUAAUAAAAAAUUAAAGGUCUCAAAUUUGUAAUUAAAAAUAUAAUUUUAAUAAAUUAAAAUCAGCAUUUAAUGCAUUGCGAUGUCGCUCCUCCUUCGCUUUUGUUGUUCUUUACAUUCUAUAAUGUAUUGACUUUUGUAAGACUUAACUAUGAAUAAAUUUCUUAAUAAUA